AUGGCUCCCCACGCAAACGGCUCCAGCAACACCAGCACUAUGGAUGGUGCACCCUCCCAAUCCUCUAACCAAGACUUAUUCACCGUCAGCUCUCCAAACGUUAUCUACACUGAUGACGAGAUCCGCUCAAAGUACAACUAUCGUACUACAGCUGUCACUCAGUCUGCCAGUGGUAACUUUGUUGCUACUCCCAAAGAAACUGUCUAUGACUUCAAGGUUGAACGUAUGAUGCUUGUCGGUUGGGGCGGAAACAAUGGUACAACUGUCACUGCCGGUAUCAUUGCUAAUCGUCGUGGUCUUUCAUGGGCAACUCGUGAGGGUACCCGUGAGCACAACUACUAUGGCUCCGUUGUCAUGGGUUCAACCAUGAAACUUGGUACUAACGCAAAGACUGGUGGUGAUGUCAACAUUCCUUUCCACAAAGCUUUGCCAAUGGUUCACCCCAACGAUUUGGUCAUUGGUGGUUGGGAUAUCAGCGGCUUCAACUUGUCUGAUGCCAUGGAUCGUGCUGGUGUCCUUGAACCUACCUUGAAGCAACAAAUCAAGAAGGAAAUGACUGACUUGGUUCCACUUCCUGGUCUUUACUACCCAGAUUUCAUUGCUGCCAAUCAAGAAGAUCGUGCCGACAACCUUGUCCCAGGUAGCAAGGCUUGCAAUGAGCAUGUUGAAAAGAUUCGUCAGGAUAUCCGUGACUUCAAGGCCAAGAACGAACUCGAUAAGGUCAUUGUUCUCUGGACUGCCAACACUGAACGUUUUGCUGAGCUCAUUGAUGGUGUUAACGACACGGCCGAUAAUCUCUUGAAAGCUAUCGAGAACGGACACGAAGAAGUUGCUCCUUCCACUAUCUUCGCUGUUGCUUGCAUUCUCGAAAACGCACCUUUCAUCAACGGCUCUCCACAAAAUACAUUUGUUCCUGGCUGCAUUGAGCUUGCAGAGAAGCAUAACUCCUUCAUUGGUGGUGAUGACUUCAAAUCUGGUCAAACCAAGAUGAAGUCUGCUCUUGUCGACUUCUUGAUCAGUGCUGGUAUCAAGCUCACUGCUAUCUCCAGUUACAAUCAUCUUGGUAACAAUGAUGGAAAGAAUCUCAGCUCUCAAAAGCAAUUCCGUUCCAAGGAGAUUUCGAAAUCCAAUGUUGUCGAUGAUAUGGUGGCUGCCAACAAUGUUCUCUACAAGGAAGGUGAACAUCCUGAUCAUUGUGUUGUCAUCAAGUACAUGCCAGCUGUUGGUGAUAACAAGCGUGCUCUUGAUGAGUACUAUGCUGAGAUUUUCAUGGGAGGUCAUCAAACCAUUUCUCUCUUCAACGUUUGCGAGGAUUCUCUUCUUGCUUCACCAUUGAUCAUUGAUCUUGUUGUCCUUGCAGAGAUGAUGACUCGUAUUCAAUGGAAGGCUCAUUCUACUGAUGGUGCUACUACCAAGGACUACAAGAACUUCCACAGUGUUCUUAGCAUUCUCAGCUAUAUGCUCAAGGCACCCUUGACUCCGCCUGGAGCUCCAGUUGUUAAUGCACUUGCCAAGCAACGUGGUGCUUUGAUUAACAUUUUCCGUGCUUGUGUUGGUCUUGAACCAGAGAAUGAUAUGACUUUGGAACACAAGCUUUAUUAG